AUGCAGAGCGAAGGAGAGAACAAUGUGCGGACUCGAUUGGCGGAAACCCGAUUAACAUGCGAGAGAGAAAUCCCCAUUCAGCAGCAGAGGAUCGUUUCCACCGUUAUCUCCGAGCGGAAUAUUUUCGAUUCUGUCAAGUCCAAGGCCCAACAAACCAUUCAUCUUCAAGAAAGAUUGGGGAAGCUUAAAACUGAGUUAAGAGAAGCUGAGGAUGCUUUGGUAAAAGCUCUUGCCGUGAAGACUCGGAAAGAGGCAAAGCAGAUGGCCAUAAGGGACUCGAUAUCUGAGACAAAAGCUAGAAUUGAAGAACUUAAAGCAAUUGUAGAAAAUCAAAGGGCAAAGAAAGAUGAAUAUGCCAAUAUAAUAUCUCAACAGUCUGAAGCUUUGGUAGCAUAUGAAGAAAAGUGCAACCAGAUCAGUGAGCAUGAAGAACAAAUAGAAGAGGCCAUUUCAUGGUAUAAUAGGUUCCUUGGAUUCCGUAUCGAAUGUGGUCAUGGUGUAAAGUUCAUAUUUUCAAACAUUAAUCCAAAGAUUGCAAAUGAGCAGUACUCCUUUGUCAUUCGUCAUGAGAAUGAGAUAUACACAUUGCUUGAUUGCAAUCCCCCUUUGAAUGACACAAGAGAGCUGAUCUGUGAGCUGAAUAAAAGCAACGGACUGUUCAAAUUUGUCAGAACCAUGAGAGAGAAAUUCCAAGAAGUUGCAGCACAUGGAACCUCUAAUCAAAUUACAUCUCUCGAUCAAGAUUCUUCAAUGAUCUCUCCAUCAGCCCCAGUAGCUUCAGUUUCAACUGAUCAUAGAGGUGAAUCUGUGGUCAAGGAAAAGGAGAUUCAACCAGGUGAAUCUAACCACAUCUCCAGAAAGGUUGGCAAAGGACAAGCAAUUCUGUCUCCUGGAUCUGCUUCGUCCGUUCGUCGCUCCUCACGUUUAAAGGUUAGAAAAUGA